CCAGUGUGGAGUCACCUCCACACACCUGAGAGCGAUCCCAAUCAGGUCUCCUGAAGCCGUGCUGGGUGCUUCAUCGUUGUCAGAUGUUUCAUGGAUGCUCCUCGUUCAACCAGGACUUUGUGUGUGUGUUGCUUCUCGCCGGUCGCUCUCUCCUAGCAUCCUGCCUCAGCAUCCACGGCACCCUCCUCCUCCUCUUCCUCAUCUUCCUCAUCUUCCUCCCCGAAGCGGACAACAGAGAGCCGGCGCGUGCGUACGUACGUGUGUGUGUGCGUGUGAGCGCGACGACGUGUUCUUCCAUCUUCGGCCGCCCCAGCUGCUCCACAUGGCGGACAUGGUGCGCCUCUCCGUGCCGCUGCUGCUGCUGCUGCUGCUGCUGCAGCUCGGCUCCGGCCUCAGCCUCAGCCUCCAGGCCGACGCGAGGAGCGUCAAGGAGGCGGAGAAGACGGGCAAUUUCAUGGAGGACGAGCAGUGGCUGUCCACCAUUUCCCAAUACAGCCGCAAGAUCAAGCACUGGAACCGCUUCAGAGACGACGAUUACGUCCGCAGUUGGGAUGAGAACCAAGGCUCCAGUGACAACGUGGACACCACCAAGGAUCCCUGCCAGAAGGUGAAGUGCAGCGCCCAUAAGGUGUGCAUCGCCCAGGGCUACCAGAGGGCCGUGUGCAUCAACCGGAAGAAGCUGGAGCACAGACUCAAGCAACCUGCCCUCAGGUCGUCCAACGGCGACUGCCAGCCGUGUCCCAUCUCCUCUACGGGGCCCGUGUGCGGAUCCGAUGGACACAACUACGCCUCCAAGUGCAAGCUGGAGCAGCAGGCGUGUCUGACGGGCAAGGAGCUGACCCUCAAGUGUUCGGGUCUCUGUCCGUGUUCCACCUCGGCGCCCGCCGCCAAGGACGGCAAACGCGAGACCUGCACUGGACAGGACCUGGCUGACCUGGGCGAGCGUCUCCGGGACUGGUUCCAGCUCCUGCAGAGCAACGCCAAGCAGAACAACAGCGGCGGCAAGCAUGGAGCCAAAAACGCCCCGUCAGUGCUGGACAGGAGCCUGGUGGCCAGCUGCAAGGACUCCAUCGGCUGGAUGUUCUCCAAGCUGGACACCAACGCAGACCUGUACCUGGACCAGGCCGAGCUGGCCGCCAUCAACCUGGACAAGUACGAGAUCUGCAUCCGCCCCUUCUUCAACUCCUGCGACUCCUACAAGGACGGCAAGGUGUCCACGGCCGAGUGGUGCCUGUGCUUCUGGAGAGAGAAGCCCCCCUGCCUGACGGAGCUGGAGAGGAUCCAAGUGUUGGACGGCGGGAAGAGAAAGUUUGGUCGCUUCAUCCCCAACUGCGACGAGGACGGCUUCUACAGGAAGCUGCAGUGUGACAGGGGAGAGUGUUGGUGCGUGGACCAAUACGGUGGAGAAGUGGCCGGCUCCAGGAUUCGUGGCAAACCGGAUUGCGACGACGAAGCGGCCUAUUCCGGCGACUCCGGCAGCGCGGUGGGAUGGGAAGACGAGGAGGAGAAAGGAGGCGAGGAGACGGCGGAGGAGGCGGAGGAGGAGGAGGGCGAGGUGGAUGACGAGGGUUACAUCUGGUAAGAGGAGCCACGCCUCUCUCCGACCGCAUCCCCAUCUUCCAAACACGCAAACCAAGAAGAUCCUGCCAGGAAGGUCUCAAGGAGGCGACGUGUCCAAGGAGGAGAGGAGACCAAGGUAGCAGGGAUGUAGUGGAAGGGAACAUAUCACCCAUGUCGUUCAUUUGUGGAUCUUUCUUCUAUUCUCUCGUACGUCCUUUGACCUCUUUGAGCUGUUCUCUCGCUGGCUUCAUGGAGACUUUCGGCAGCAAGUAGUUCCAAACCAUCUCUCCUUUCCCGACUUAGAUUAGGUUUUAGGAUGCUGUUCUAGGACCCGGGAACGCACCCUUUUGGACUCCGCCGUCCUCGCCUCGUGCGCUUCAGCUCAUGCGUGGCAGUCGUGCCCGUCUCAUUCUUGACUUGGAAAAGUUCCUCACGCGUCACGCUAGCCUGUAAAUACUAAUUACUCGACCGUGUGUACCGGGACACGCCCCUCCACCGAGGCCUCCGUGGGCGAGCCAGACCCUGUUCUUAGGUGGCAAGUGUGCAUCGUGUCAUCAUGUGGAUGGGUUGUUGUGUUUAAUAAAAAGUGAUAAACAUGGUA